GCCACUUUUGCUCAUCGCGGAUGAUUUGUUCUCUCUUCAUCUCGUUACAGCUUAAGUUCACCUUGCUUCAAUUCUAAUCAAAUUGGUUGAUUACCACAGAAACAACCACAUCGUGGUAACGUGACAUUACCAUUGCGAUGACCAUCGACGAAAAGGUUCAUAACUCUGGCGACUCGAGCCCUCCUAGCAUCGAUGUAGGGCACAAGGAACUCGUUUCAGAGACCGCUGAAGUCGGUACUCUUGAGAGCAAUGGCUUCGACGCCGCUGCGACCAAGACGCUUGUCCGCAAGAUUGACUGGGUUCUCAUUCCCUUCCUCGCCCUUCUCUACUUGCUGAGCUUUCUUGACCGAACCAACAUCGGAAAUGCUCGUCUUGCGGACCUUGAAACGUCCCUUGGCAUGGAUCCAACCAGUCUUCAGUACAACACUGCUCUCAGUGCCUUCUUCCCUUGGUAUGUCGCCGCUGAGAUCCCGUCCAACCUGGCCAUGAAGCGCUUCAGACCUUCUGUCUGGAUUCCGACUAUUAUGGUUGCAUGGGCUAUUGUUUGCGUGGCUAUGGGACUUGUCCACAACUAUGCCGGUCUCCUCGCUGCGCGGAUGGCUCUUGGCUUAGCUGAGGGUGGUCUCUUCCCUGGUAUCACAUAUUACAUCACCUUGUGGUAUAAGAGACAUGAGUGUGGUCUCCGUAUGGCUAUCUUCUUCUCAGCAGCCACCGCCGCAGGUGCCUUUGGUGGACUGCUCGCUCGUGGUAUCAUUGAGAUGAAGGGUAUUGCCGGACUUGGCGCAUGGCAGUGGAUUUUCAUACUUGAGGGAAUUCUCACAUUCAUUGUCGCCGUUAUUGCCUAUUUCGUCAUGUAUGACUAUCCAGAUACCGCCAAGUUCUUGAGUGCUCCCGAAAAGGAAGAGGUCAUACGCCGUCUCGAAGAGGACCGCUCUGCUCUGGCUAACGAAUUCGACAUGAAAUACUUUUGGCACGCUAUCAGAGACUGGAAGAUAUGGGUUCACAUGUUCAUAACCAUAGGUGUCUACACUCCUCUCUACUCAUUCUCGCUUUUCUUGCCAACCAUUAUCAAGAACCUGGGUUUUACAGAUCCCAAGACCGCACAAUUGAUGACCGUACCUCCUUACGUUGCCGCUUGUAUUUGCUGCAUUGGCGCGGGCUACCUGGCUGACAAAUGGGGAACACGUGGUGUCUUCAUGAUCUUUUUCAACUGCGUCGCCAUUUUUGGCUUUAUUCUACAAAUCGUCUCAUCAAAUCUGGGUUUAAAGUACGCCGGCACUUUCUUCGCCGCUAUGGGCAUCUACCCCAACGUACCUCAGGGUGUCGCUUGGAAUGGCAACAACAUUGGCGGAUCGACUAAACGUGGUGUUGGUAUUGCCAUGCACGUUGGAUUCGGCAAUCUCGGUGGUGCCAUCUCCGGAUUCUUAUACCGCACUAAGGAUGCGCCCAUGUUCUACCCUGGUCACGGCACCCUGAUUGCUACUGAGACCAUGUCGUUAAUUCUCUGCAUCUUCAUGACCAUCUACCUACGCCGCGAGAACGCCCGCCGGGACGGUGAGUACAAGGCACCAUCUGAGUACACUCGACAGGAGAUGGAGCUCGAGCGCGAGAAGGGUGACAACGCGACAUUCUUCCGCUACACUGUCUAAUAUCAACGACAUGUCUAGAUAGAUUCGUCGACUUUUGUUUUUUGUUAUUAGAGCAAGCGAUAGAGCGAAGCGAAAUGCUGAGUUAUUUUUGGGUACCUAGUCACCCCGUUGAAACGAAGGACCGGAAAAAUGUCACAAUUGUAUUUACCCUGCCGCGCAGAUAUCAUACUGUGCAAAACCACAUUCAUGAAAUAUUAUGAUACUCAAACAA